AUGAGCAGCGCUGUGGUCCUCACCCACCUCCCAGACCCCAGCAGCAGCUUCAGGGAAGACGCCCCCCGACCCCCUGUCCCCGGGGAGGAAGGAGAAGCACCAUGCCCACAACUCAGCUCGUUUCUCCCCAAAAGCCAAAGCUUCAAGGCGAUGCCGGUGCCUCCUGCCCCGCGCAGGAACGAGAACGGACUCGGGGAGCCAGAAGGCAGUGCAUCUCCUGACUCCCCUCUGGCCAGAUGGACCAAAUCCUUGCAUUCCUUGUUGGGAGAUCAAGAUGGUGCCUACCUUUUUCGGACCUUUCUGGAAAGGGAAAAAUGUGUGGAUACCUUAGACUUCUGGUUUGCCUGCAAUGGCUUCAGGCAGAUGGACCUUAAGGAUACCAAAACUUUAAGAGUAGCCAAAGCUAUCUACAAAAGGUACAUUGAGAACAACAGCAUCGUCUCCAAGCAGCUCAAGCCUGCUACCAAGACCUACAUAAGGGAUAGCAUCAAGAAGCAGCAGAUAGAUUCUAUCAUGUUUGAUCAGGCACAGACUGAGAUUCAGACUGUGAUGGAGGAAAAUGCUUACCAGAUGUUUUUAACUUCUGAUAUAUACCUCGAAUAUGUAAGGAGUGGAGGAGAGAAUCCUGCUUACAUGAACAGCAAUGGACUGGGGAGCUUAAAAGUUGUCUGUGGCUAUCUCCCGACCUUGAAUGAAGAAGAGGAAUGGAGCUGUGCAGACUUUAAAAACAAAAUCCUGCCUUCGGUAGUUGGACUAUCCAGCAAGACACUGAGGGUUACGGCGAAUGUCAGAGCUACGGAAACGAUCGAGAACGGGUACAGGUCCUUCAAGAGGAACGACCCCGUUAACCCGUACCAUGUGAACUCUGGCUACGUUUUCGCCCCGGCCACCAGCGCCAACGACAGUGAGAUAUCCAGUGAUGCCCUGACGGACGACUCCAUGUCCAUGACGGACAGCAGCGUAGAUGGGAUCCCCCCGUACAGAAUUGGGAGCAAGAAGCAGCUCCAGCGCGAGAUGCAUCGGAGCGUCAAGGCCAAUGGUCAAGUUUCUCUACCUCAUUUUCCGAGGACCCACCGUCUUCCCAAGGAGAUGACCCCGGUGGAGCCGGCCGCCUUCGCCGCGGAGCUCAUUUCCCGGCUGGAGAAGCUGAAGCAGGAGCAGGAAACCAUGGACAGUCUGGAGGAGAGGCUGCAGCAAAUCAAGGAGACGAAGGAGCAGAUCGAAGCGGAGGCGGCUCAGCGGGUGCAGUGCUGCUGCCCGGCCGGCGGCGACUACUUCUGCUACCCCAAGUGCAAGGGCCACCCGAAAAACACAGACCCCCCUCUCCCUGCGCUGGAGCCCUUCGGGGUGCCAAAGACGAAGGAGCAGAUCGAAGCGGAGGCGGCUCAGCGGGUGCAGUGCUGCUGCCCGGCCGGCGGCGACUACUUCUGCUACCCCAAGUGCAAGGGCCACCCGAAAAACACAGACCCCCCUCUCCCUGCGCUGGAGCCCUUCGGCAGGACGGGCACGUUGCCGAAGAGGCCGAGCAGAGGAGUGGAGAGCGUGGCCCUGGCAGCUGGGGACGGGGGGCUGCCCGCCCAGCUCGCGGGGGGUGAGGCCGACCGGGCACAGAACGUCUGGCAGUGGAUGCUGGAGAGCGAGAGACAAAACAAGCACAAGCCCCAUAGCACACAAAGCACAAAGAAGGCCUACAGCUCCGACUUCGCCAAGGGGGCCCCCAGCCGCCACCACCCCUGGGGGACUGGCAGCCACCCACGUGGGGCACACCCCGCCCACCCCUUCGUCCAGGACCCCGCCAUGCCCCCGCUCACCCCGCCCAACACCCUGGCACAGCUGGAGGAAGCGUGCCGCCGGCUCGCCGAGGUCUCCAAGCCGCAGAAACAACGAUGUUCAACCUCAAAUCAGCAGAGGGAUCGAAACCACUGCGUUGCCGUUCAGGGGGGAAACACCCCUUUCUGCAAUGCAAGUCUAACGACAGAAGACCACAAAGAGCCAAAGAAACUGCCAGUUGUUCACACCUCUCAGUCGAAUGAGUUGGUUGUCACCUAUUUUUUUUGUGGAGAAGAAAUUCCCUACAGGAGGAUGUUAAAGGCCCAGAGCCUGACACUUGGGCACUUUAAAGAACAGCUGAGCAAAAAGGGAAAUUACAGAUACUACUUCAAAAAAGCAAGCGAUGAGUUUGACUGUGGUGCAGUGUUUGAAGAGAUUUGGGAAGAUGAAACCAUCCUGCCCAUGUACGAAGGAAGGAUUCUUGGGAAAGUAGAAAGGAUUGAUUGAUGGCAUCUGUGUUUCUUAAGAAAAGUUAAG